AUGCAGCCGCCAGUGCCUGGGCCCCUGGCCCUGCUGGACACAACAGAAGGGUUUGCGAGGAGAAAGAAGUCCUCCCUUUGGUUUGUGGGGUCUCUGCUCGUGGUGUCUGCUGCCAUUCUGACCGUCGGCCUCGCCGCCACCACCAGGACGGAGAACGUGACCGUGGGGGGCUACUACCCAGGGAUCAUCCUCGGCUUUGGAGCUUUCCUAGGAAUUACUGGCCUCCCCCUGGUGGAGAACAGAAGGCAAAUGCUGGUCGCGGCCAUCGUGUUUGUCAGCUUCGGCGUGGUGGCGGCCUUCUGUUGCGCCAUCGUGGACGGCGUGUUCGCGGCCCGGCACAUAGAGCCCAGGCCCCUCACCGCAGGAAGAUGCGAGUUCUUUGCCAGCGAGGUGGGGUACGUGCACGACGCCUACCAGACGGAGGUCACCUGUCACUCCUCGAGCGGCUCGUGCCCCCUGAAGGUGAAGAGUGGCUCGUGCUACUGCUGUGAGCUCUACAGGUGCCAGAGCACAGAGCACCCUCCCGUCUACUACGAGUUCGUGGGCGUGCGCUCCUGCCGGGACGUGCUGCACCUGUACCGGCUGCUCUGGGCCUCCUCGGUGCUGAACGUGCUGGGCGCGCUUCUGGGUGUCCUCACGGCAGCUGUCCUGGGGGCCUUCAAGGACAUGGUCCCCCUGUCCCAGCUGGCUUACGGCCCGUCUGCUCCACCUCAGACCCUCUACAACCCUGCCCAGCAGAUCCUGGCCUACGUGGGCUUCUGCCGGGCGCCUGCGGCCCUCCCCACCUGCUCGUCCUACCCUCUGCCUCUCCAGCGCUGCGGCCGCUUCCCCGCCUCGACUCCCAGGGACCCCCCUGUGUCCGAGGACGCGCCGCCUCCCAAUGCCCCACCUCUCUGUGUGCCAGCCCUCUUCCUCCCCGGGUCCCCAGGACAGCUCUCCACACCCUACACACUGCACAGGCCCACGCUGACCCCCAGUCCCCAGGGCAGCUCCCCCAUCCCUGGCACGUGGUGCCUGCUCAUGCCAGGCCUGCAGUGUGUUGUGGAGGGCAGGACGAACCAGGAGUACAGCACACAUCCAGGGGACAAGAAGACAGUCACCAGCACGCCUCCAGGGGACAAGAAGACAGUCACCAGCACGCAUCCGGGGGACAAGAAGACAGUCACCAGCACGCGUCCGGGGGACAAGAAGACAGUCAUCACCGUGAAGCCGGACCCCUCGCUGAGCAGAGAAGCCCUAGGAACUUUAGGGGAAAUGUCGUCUGACCUACAGGAAGAAGAAAAUGUCCAGGAGGCAAGGCCCUUAUGCAACUAG